AUGAAGGCGUUCCUGGCCCUUCUGCUCGGACUCUCUCUCUCGACAGAGAGUCUUACCAAGGCUCAAGAUGUCCUUCCUGUACCCUCUGGGACUGGUUCUACCGGUACCACUGCUGAUCGCGAAGACUUGGUUGCCGAGGCAUUGGAAGACCUCUAUGAUUCCGACUUGGACGCCAACGCCAUCUAUGAUUCUGAUCUCGAUCUCAGUCUUCCCAAAGUCCCCGAGGACCACCUCAAAGAUGAACCAGUUGUCGUCAACGCUGCCAAGGCACCUCUCAGUGACGAACAAGAUCUCAAGGACAAAAUGGCUACUGAGACCACCUCUGGGAGUAGCGGAAGCCACGCUACUUUCCCUGACCCUAUUGUUUCCCUUGGUCUUAAGGAGGACAUCCAGUUGCUGGUCGAUGCCCUUGGCCAAGACGAUGACCAAUACAAUGAGAAGUCCCACACGACCAAACAAGAUCAAACCCAUCACACUGCCCUGUUCAUCCCUUCCAACCACAAAAUGCCACAGAAUGACACGAACCCCGACCAAAUCGUCGUCAUGGCCGAUACCAGCACCGAUUCACUUUCACAUUUGCUUCCCACCAUGGAUUCCAAAGACGAGAAUGACCAACAGAGCCCCCAUCAUGAUGACAUUAAGGAGCCCCGAUUGGAGGCCAUGAAUUCGAUGGCGUCUUUAGACAAGCAAGUCGAUGCCAACAAUGCCAAAGAAGACGAUGAUGGAGAAAUCAGCAAUGAACAAGGAGAUAUUGAUGACAUUAGUGCCCACCGACAUGGCCGAAGGUUGGAUGAAACUACGGACUGGUUGAUUGGAAACACACGCAUGUAUGGACCUAGAGACACCGCUAACCUCAACGUUGGAUUCUUUGAAUCCGAAAACUUUUGCAAGGAACAAGGCGGAUCUCUCGCUACUAUCAACGAAAUUUGCCCUCCAGAUGGCACAACCAGUAGGACACCCCUCUUUGGAAUUCAGGAUGCGGGUAGUCCUCAGUGGGUUCCUGUCAUGGCUGGCUUUAAUCAGAUUACUCAUUGGGUCAAUGUUGGAAGUGGUGGUGGAACCCCUGCAUGUGAAAAAUUUGAUGUUUUUGGAAUACCACUUACACUAAUAACACAUGAACGUGGAUUUGGCAACUACAUUAUCUGUAGAAAAAAUUGGUUCAGGUUUGUACGCAUCCAGGCCAGAGAUGUUGGCGCUGCUGAAGAUGGCACCCUUUGGGUGAUUGACCUAGGUGAUUAUGGCAAUGGCUGUCACUAUAUCCGUCGCAACACAGGAGGAGAUUCAUGGGCGACCCUGAACCGAGCUGGAGAAAUCAACAAAUGGACCCCUAAUGGUUGGGAGCAUGUACCAAGCCCACCAGCUCGUGAUAUCAGUAUCACCAAGGAUGGAACUAUUUGGAUGACAGAAUUGGUGGCUGGGCAAGAUCAUGGUUCUGUUUGGCGUAAGCUUCCCACCGAUGCUGCUUUUGUGAAAACAACUGGAGGUGGCGGCGACCGCAUUUCUGUUUCCAGUAAUGGCGCAGUUGCCCUUUGUAAUUCGUCGCCAACUGACAAGCUGUGGGUUUACGAUGGUUCCAACUGGCAUGGAACUGGGGCCUGCAAUAAUGGCGAUGUUUCCAUGACCCAUGAUGGAAUCAUCUGGACAACCGGUGUCCCCGCCGGCCAAGGAAACCCUGGACUGAUCCGCAAAUCAACGAAAGUAUUGUCCCAUUCCACCAAGUGGGCAAGUCCCAUUCCAGGUCCAACUGGCACGAGCAUUUCGUCGGUCAGUGCCAACCAGGUCUAUAUGGUGGAUGAGCAUUCUUUUCUUUGGAGGUACGAGAUCCCAGCCGAGAGAGAAGCAACCGGACUCACUCGAGUGUUUGGUCCAGCUGACACGAGCGAUGUAAAGAGCUAUGAUCAAGCAAAAGAAUUCUGUGAAUCGCAGGGAGGAUCGCUUGCGUCUGGAGCUGAUAUGUGCCCCUCAGAUGGAUCUGGGCAACCCUACUUUGGAAUCCAGUCCGGAGAUCACUGGGCUCCAGCUUCGGAUUACCACAAUGCAUGGGUCCAAGUGGGGACCCAUCCAGGCGAUGCUCCCACAUGUUCGUUUAUUCGAGACACACUCCAUGACCCUGCUUGGGGUCUUGAUGGGAAUGUGAAGGAAACCUAUGAGUCCAACUACAUUAUUUGCAACAUGCGAACCGCCAUCUAUGGACCCAGUUACACCACCAAUAUCAAGUCCUAUGACCAAGCACUUGCCUUUUGCAAUGCUAGAGGAGGAACUCUUGCUUCCAAAUCGGACAUCUGCCCUCUCAGCUCUACCGUACCCUAUUUUGGUACUCAGGAGGGAGAUCAGUGGACUCCAGUUUUUAAUUACAUCAAUGCCUGGGUCCAGGUGGGAGUCGAACCUUCGGGUAUUCCAACAUGCAGUGACUAUAGAGAUACUCAUGGGGGAGUGGAUCCCAAUUGGGGGGUUGAUGGAAAUCACAAGGAAACCUGGGAGUCCAAUUUUGUCAUUUGUGCCUCGAACAGAGUCUUGUUUGGCAAAGACAAGGGAGUUGCUGUUAACACCUAUGACAAUGCUCAAGCCUUCUGCAAGGCAAAAGGAGGAUCCCUUGCUUCCAGUGCUGAUGUCUGUCCCUCAGGGGCACGUACCCUGCCAUAUUUUGGAGUCCAGGUGGGGGAUCAGUGGACCCCUGUCUCUGACCACCACAAUGCAUGGAUCCAGGUGGGAACUCAUCCUUUGGGCAUGCCAACUUGUCAAAUUAAUUCGGGUCCUGGUUGGGGUUUGACUGGAACAUGGGCUCCUGCUUCGAACUACCUUGUUUGCUCCAGUCGUUGGUUCAAGUUCAAUGGAUUGAAAGCUCGGGACGUUGGUGCUGCAGAUGAUGGAACCAUCUGGGUGAUUGGAAUGCAUGACCAUGGCUAUCACGGUGGUUGCUAUUCCAUCUACCGACACUACCCUUACGAGCGCAGGGAUUCCUGGCAACAAAUUGGUGGAUGUUCCAUCAAAGUUUCUGUUGGUAGCAAAGACCAUAUUGUGGUUCUGAACAAGGCUGGAGAAAUUAACAAAUGGACCUCCAAUGGCUGGAACUAUGUACCAAGCCCUCCAGCUCGUGAUAUCAGUAUCACCGACGACGGAACUAUUUGGAUGACAGAAUUGGUGGCUGGGCAAGAUGAAGGUGUUGUCUAUCGCAAGCGUCCCACUGAUCCUGAGUUUGUGAGGUUUGGAGGUGCUGGCGACCGCAUUUCAGGUACAAGUAAUGGCAAAGUCACCCUCUGUACUUCAAAUGCAAAUCAAAACCUCUUGUGGGUUCAUGGUGGUUCUCACUGGUACAUUGCUGGAAAAUGCAAUAGUGGCGAUGUUUCCAUUGGCGAUGAUGGAAUCAUCUGGACAACAAACACUGGCUUGGCUCGAAGGUCCAGCUCUACAACAACCCAUGCUACCACUUGGGACAUCCCAGCACAAGACAGGUCUGGAAAAAACAUUGCUGCUGUGAACAGAAACGAGUUUCUACUGAUUGAUUCUAGCUAUAAUCUCUGGCAGUAUCGGAUACCUUCCUCUGACGAUGAUUUCACAACACCAUCACCAACAGUUGCACCGACUGUUUCUUCUGCCCCAUCUUUGGCCCCAUCAUCUUUGCCUAGUGGGGUGCCAUCAUUAUCUCCCUCUGACAUGCCGUCCCUGGUCCCAAGUUUGAGUUCUGUUCCCAGUUCACAACCAAGCUUAUAUCCAUCUACUCCUCCAAGUUCACAACCAAGCUCAAAUCCAUCUAGUCCGCCCUCAUCCAGCCCAUCAUUGGCUCCUUCUGGUGUGCCCUCUGAUUAUCCAACCAUGGCUCCAACUAUUGCCGCUUUUGCUUCCACUGUGGAGCAACGGUGGCAAUCAGAUUGGGGGAGCAUCAAAAUGUUUGGACCUCAGCAAACACAUGUGCUGGAUGGAGGAUGGCAAUCUGCUGAAGACUUCUGCAAUUCUCAUGGAGGAGUUUUGGCCUCUCUAGCACAAAUUUGCCCGACUGGGACGACUGAUGCUGAGCCUGUGAAUGGGAUUCAAUCCUCAGAAGCUGAUCAAUGGGCUCCGAUUGGAGAUGAAGAUGGACAAUGGGUGAAUGUUGGACAUAGUACUCAGUACACCAGUUGUACCAAAGACGGUGGAAGCACUGGCCAUGGUCAUGAUUUGGGCUGGGGGAACUAUGUGUAUUGUGCCCCAAGCAAUUGGUACAAGUUCAGCGGAAUCCAGGUUAAUGAUGUGGAACAAACUGUUCGAGAUGUUGAUGCCGCAGAGGAUGAUACUAUUUGGGUGAUUUCAAACUACGAAGUAAUGCCUGACUGUUACAGUAUUCAUCGCUAUGUUGGAGGUAACACUUGGGAAGAAGUCAGAGGAUGCGCGAAUGGCAUUUCAGUUGGCAGCCGCACAAAUAUCAUUGUGACCACCACUGAUGGGGAAAUUCACCAAUGGACUGGGCAUGGCUGGACAUUGAUCUCGAGCCCUCCUGCCAGAGAUGCAAGUAUCACCAAGGAUGGCACUAUAUUUAUGACGGAAUUGGUGUCCGGACAGGUCAUUGGCGAUGUCUAUCGCAAGGCUCCAACAGAUAAUGACUUUGUUUUGUUUGGGGGCAGUGGUGAUCGCAUUGAUGCUUCAGGACCUGACCAACUUGCUAUCUGCAACACAAUUGAUGACAACAAGCUCUGGAGCUAUGGCAGUUCCCACUGGUAUCAAACAGGAACCUGCGACAAUGGGGAUAUAAGUGUUGCUGCCGAUGGAACCAUCUGGACAACCGGAGUUGCCAGUGGUCAGUCAAGCCCUGGAUUACCCCGUAGGUCGAUUUCCAUGAGUGCAUCAGCUACUACUUGGGACCAGCCUGUGCAGGGCAAGUCUGGUACCAAAAUUGCUGGUGUACACGCUGACAUGUUUGUGAUGGUUGAUGCUGCUGGGACUCUCUGGCAGUACAAGGUCCCAAUCAUGCCUAGCCAAGCAGGGACGACACCACUGUUCGGACCUAGCCAGACGUCCAAUGUAAAAACCUACAAUCAAGCAAAGGAAUUCUGCCAAUCCAAAGGAGGAUCCCUUGCCUCCAGCACAGACAUAUGCCCAACUAUCGAUAAUUGGAGCAAGCACAAUAUCAAGGCUCGAGAUGUUGGCGCUGCAGAUGAUGGAACCAUUUGGGUGAUUGGAACACAUGACGAAGGCCAUCAUGUUGGUGGUUGCUAUUCCAUCUACCGUCACAUUGGUGGGGAUUCCUGGGAGCAAAUUGACGGAUGUGCCAACAAAAUUUCAGUCGGGAGCAGCACCAACAUUGUCGUUGUGAAUAAACUCGGAGAAGUUAUCAAAUGGACACCCAAUGGUUGGAGUUUGAUCACCUCUCCUCCUGCUCGGGAUGCCAGUAUCACCAAAGAUGGAACUAUUUGGAUGACAGAAUUGGUGGCUGGGCAAGAUCAUGGUGAUGUCUAUCGCAGGACGCCAACAGAUACUGAGUUUGUGAAGUUGGUUGGAGCAGGAGAUCGCAUCUCUGGUACAAGCAAUGGAAGUGCUGUACUUUGUACCACAUCUACAAAUCAAAAUCAUCUCUGGAGCCAUGGUGGUACCCACUGGUAUGUCACUGGAACCUGUGAUCAUGGCGAUAUAAGUGUUGCAUCUGAUGGUACCAUCUGGACAACUGGGGUUGGCACUGGCCAAACUCGUCCUGGUUUGCCUCGAAGAUCAACAGCUUUUACAGACAAACACACUUCCUGGAGUCCUCCUGUCCAAGGCCACUCUGGUGUGAUCAUUGAUGAUGGCGGGAACAUUGCUGCUGUGAGCGCCAGAGAGUUCCUUCUGAUUGAUUCUGAUCUCAAUCUCUGGCAUUAUGAGGCAGACAAGCCCCACUUUGGUAUUCAGCCUGGUGAUCAGUGGAUUCCAGCGGCUGACUACGAAAAUGCAUGGAUUCAGGUGGGGACUCAUCCAGGGGGUGCCCCGACUUGCAGUUUUCACCGAGACACACAAAAUGGAGUUGAUCCUGAUUGGGGGAUCAAGGAUGACAAGAAGAGCUGGGAAUCCAACUACAUUUUGUGCAACAUGAACAAGUUUGUUUUUGGGCCCAGUGAUACGUCCAAGGUGCUUGAUUAUGACGAUGCCAAGCAUUUCUGUGAUUUGAAGGGAGGGACCCUUGCCUCUUUUGAUGAAAUCUGCCCACUUCCUCUUGUGAAACGACCAUACUUUGGUGCUGCUGGUGGCGUCCACUGGACUCCAUUUGGGGACUACCGCAAUGGCUGGGUUGAAGUUGGUGGCGAUGCUGUGGCUGAUAUGUGUUCACGACACAGGACAAAGUAUGGAGAUCCACGAAUUGGGUUAGGACCAAUGUGGGGAGCAGCGGAUGACAAGUUGGAAGGCGAAGCAGACUAUGUUGUUUGCAAGAUGGAGGGGGUUUUCGUCUAUGGACCCAGUGUGACUGCUGAUGUCAAGUCGUAUGCACAAGCCAAGACAUUUUGCGCUGCAAGGCAACUCGUCCUGGCCUCCAGCUCUGAUGUCUGCCCCCCAGAUGGCUCAAACAAGCCAUACUUUGACAUCCAGACAGGGGACCAGUGGACACCAGUCUCAGACUAUGACAAUGCGUGGGUCCAAGUGGGCACCCAUCCAGGCGAUGCCGAAACUUGCGGUUUCCACAGAGAUGCACUCAGUGGAGUUGAUCCGGAUUGGGGCACCAAUGAUGACAAGAAAGAUUGGGAAUCCAACUACAUUGUCUGUACCUCUUGGUUUCACAAGCACCGAGAGGCGACAAAUACUGACAUUAGUGUGGCCAAGGCUGUGUUUGAGCGACGUGAAAAGAUCAACAAACUCUUCAGCAUUCCAGAUCAUCACCUGCACGGAAGAAUAAGCCGAAGCAUUGCUCGGUACAAAUAUCCCGAUGGCAAAAACAGGAAUUUGUGUGCCUACUCCGAAGACGGUUACAACUUUCCCUACAAACUGGCAUACUACAAGAUGUACCCAGAGGAAGGGUCGCUGGAGGUCAAGUACACUGCCAAUCUUGAAGAAAUGUAUGGCACUGAUGACCUUCAAAUCAUGAGACCUUUGAUUGGAAAUGGAUACUUUUCUGUUGGUGACAUCGUUUGGGAUGGAAGAGUUAACACAACAGAGAAUGGCACAGCUGUUUUGGUCCACCAAAAGAAGGCGCUAUUGGUGAAAGGAAGCCGUUCUGCACUGAAGAAACCCCUCUACUAUCAGAACAUCUUCAAUGCAUCAAUUGGAUCCGCACAAGAGUCAGAGGGAGGAGAACUGUACAGUGGUGGAUCAGGUGAAACAAACACGGACUUGCUCUCCACCAAUGGAACAGAAAACACGGGAUCAGUAGCAAUUAACAAACCAACGCUGUGGCAUGAGUACGAUGGGGUGACAGUUCGAGAUGUCGGGGCUGCAUAUGAUGGCACAAUCUGGGUGAUUUCGAACUACACCGUAAUGAAUGGUUGUUACUCCAUCCACCGAAAGCUAGAAGGAGACACCUGGGAGGAAAUCAGAGGGUGUGCCACUGGCAUCUCAGUUGGAAGCAGCGCAAACAUCAUCGUUCGAACUGAGGAGGGCGAAUUAUUCAAGUGGAGCGGUCAAGGCUGGGAUUUGAUCCCAAGCCCCGCUGCAAGAGAUGCAACCAUCACUAAGGAUGGAACGAUUUUCUUGACAGAAUUGAAAGAUGGAACAGACCAUGGUGAUGUGUGGCGCAAACGUCCAUCAGAUGAUUCUUUUGAGCGCUAUCAUGGUGGAGGUGGAGACCGAAUCGCUGCUUCGGGGCCGGACAAGGUGGCCCUCUGUAAUACAGAUUGGCUUUGGAGUCAUGGAGGUUCCCACUGGUAUACAACUGGAGUCUGCAAUAAUGGAGACAUCAGCUUAGCUGCUGAUGGAACCAUCUGGACAACAGGAGUGGGAGAUGGCCAAAAUGGUCAAGCAAGUGCUGGAUUGGCCCGCAGGUCUACCAUCUCAACAAACAUAGCAACCAAGUGGGCCGAUCCCAUUCAAGGACAUUCUGGUGUGAAGAUUGCUGCCAUGAGUGCUGUAGAGUUUGCAUUGGUUGAUUCGGACAACAAAUUAUGGCGAUAUGAGAAUCCAGGUCUACGAGUUCCCAACACUGGUAAUACUCAAGUUUUUGGGCCACGAGAAACUGGAUCUAUUAACGGCUAUGACCAAGCACAGAAGUUUUGUGAAAUGAAGGGAGGAACACUUGCUUCCAUGUCUGACAUUUGUCCCUCCCAAAGCUCAAGCUGGCCUUACUUUGGAAUUCAGGAUGGUGAGCAAUGGACACCUGUAUCAGACUACCACAACGGGUGGAUCCAAGUUGGAUCACAUCCAGUUGUUUCUACUUGCAGUGCCUAUAGGAACACCUAUGGAGAUCCUGAUUGGGGUCUCGAUUCCAUUGAGAAGAAAGCAUGGGAGGCUAACUACAUUCUUUGCAACAUAAAGAUUUUUGUGUAUGGACCCCCUGAAACCGCAGGUGUCCAGAGCUAUGAUCAAGCACAGGACUUUUGUAUUGCAAGGGGGGGUUCACUUCCAGUGAGCUCUGAUAUUUGUCCCUCAGAUGGUUCUGAACUUUGGCGGAAUGAGUGGGGGGAGAUCCACAUGUUUGGGCCCAGUGAAACUAGUAGCCUGGCCAUCGGAUGGUCUACAGCACAAAACUUCUGCAAUGCCCAUGGUGGAACCCUUGCCUCUAUCAAGGAUAUUUGUCCUCCUGAUGGUGGUACCAACUCCAAACCAGUCACUGGGAUUCAGUCGACAGCUGAUGAUCAAUGGGCACCUAUUUCCGAACGCGAGAAUCAAUGGGUAAAUGUGGGGAGUGGGGGACAUCCUACCUGUUAUAAGCAUGGCGGAAACGUUCCAGAGAUCCUCGGCCAAGGUCGUCAUCAAGGAUGGGGAAAUUAUGUGUUCUGUUCUCCCCAUCCCAAUGGUUGGUUCAAGUACCAAGGCGUUAGUGUUCGAGAUGUUGGUGCUGCAGAGGAUGGUACAAUAUGGGCAAUUGGUACCCACGACUACCAUCCUGGCAAAGGCUGCUAUGCAAUCCAUCGGCACACUGGUGGGGAUUCCUGGGAGGAAGUAGGUGGAUGUUCACACAGAAUUUCAGUUGGAAGCACUACAAACAUAGCGAGUCUGGACUUCCAGGGACACAUCCACAAAUGGACCUCAAAUGGUUGGCAAUUUGUCCACAGUCCUCCUGCACGCGACAUUAGUAUCACCAAGGAUGGAACUAUUUGGAUGACAGAGCUCUCGGCAAAUAAGUCUGGUGAUGUCUAUCGAAAACUUCCAAGUGAUGUUGCAUUUAGGCAUUUUGGAGGAGAUGGAGACCGCAUUGCUGCUUAUGGCCCUGAUGUGGUUGCCCUCUGUAACACUGGAGCAGGGAAUUUACUUUGGGUUUAUGGUGGUUCCCACUGGUAUCCCUCAGGAACCUGUGGAGAUGUUAGCAUGGCCAGUGAUGGAACAAUCUGGACAACAGGAGUUGGAAGUGGCCAGGCAAGUCCAGGUCUACCGCGCAGAUCGCUUACCUCCACUGCAACUGCUACAACUUGGGAAGCUCCUAUACAGCGAAGGCCUGGUCUCAACAUUGCUGCUGUGAGUACGGACAAGUUCCUGCUGGUUGAUGCUAGCAACAGACUUUGGCACUAUGAACUUCCCCCCAAAAUUGAGCCAAGGCUUGGAUCCCUGAGUGGUGGAAGUCACUUUGUCCCCUUUGACGACUAUCACAAUGGUUGGAUUGAAAUUGGAAGUGACGACCAAUCGCCCGUUUGCACCAAAAAAGUGGGUGUGACCUCAGAGCCAAACUACAUUGUCUGUGACUUUAACAGGGUUGUUUUUGGACAAAGAACAUCCAAUGUAAAAACCUAUGAUCAAGCACACCAGUUCUGCAAAACAAAAGGAGGGUAUCUUGCUUCCAGUGCUGAAAUUUGCCCCCCUGAUGCGUCUAAAAAAAUGUGGCAUAAAUAUGGUGGGAUCAAAGUCAGGGAUGUUGGUGCUGCCAAUGAUGGGACCAUUUGGGUGAUUGGAAUGCAUAACCAUGGCUAUCACGGUGGUUGCUAUUCCAUCUACCGUCACACUGGUGGGGAUUCCUGGCAACAAAUUGGUGGAUGUUCCAUCAAAGUUUCUGUUGGUAGCAAAGACCAUAUUGUGGUUCUGAACAAGGCUGGAGAAAUUAACAAAUGGAUCCUUUAUGGCUGGAACCAUGUAUCAAGCCCACCAGCUCGUGAUAUCAGUAUCACCGACGACGGAACUAUUUGGAUGACAGAAUUGGUGGCUGGGCAAGAUCAUGGUUCUGUUUGGCGUAAGCGUCCCACCGAUGCUGCUUUUGUGAAAACAACUGGAGGUGGCGGCGACCGCAUUUCUGUUUCCAGUAAUGGCGCAGUUGCCCUUUGUAAUUCGUCGCCAGCUGACAAGCUGUGGGUUUACGAUGGUUCCAACUGGCAUGGAACUGGGGCCUGCAAUAAUGGCGAUGUUUCCAUGACCCAUGAUGGAACAAUCUGGACAACGGGAACACCAAAGGGCCAGGGAAACCCCGGAUUGGCCCGCAGGUCCACCUCUACAACACCCUAUGCUACCACUUGGGACAUCCCUGUGCAGGGCAAGUCGGGUCUUAACAUUGCUGCUAUCAAUUCCAGAGAGUUCCUGCUGGUUGAUUCCACCAACAAUCUCUGGCACUGGUUUGAAGCAGUUGAACCUUAUUUUGGAGUUCAGUCAGGCGAACAAUGGGCACCUGUCUCAGAUGAUAUCAAUGCAUGGGUACAGGUGGGAGUUCAUCCGGCCGGCCAAGGGAUAACAUGCCAGCUUUAUCGAGAUGUAUUCAAUCAUGCUCCUAGCUGGGGUGUCCACCAAAAACACCCCAUAAUUUGCAACACGAGGAUGGAUGUUUAUGGCCCCUCUGAAACCUCCAAUAUCAAGUCCUAUGACCAAGCGAAACAGUUCUGCAUAGCUAAAGGAGGAUCUCUUGCUUCCAGCGCUGAUGUUUGUCCCUUGGGUACAAGCAAUGAUCCCUACUUUGGUAAACCGAUUGGUGAUGAAUGGACUCCUGUGGUAGAUUACCACAAUGCCUGGAUCCAGGUAGGGGUCCAUCCAAAUGGUGCUCCGACUUGCAGUCUUCACCGAGAUUCAAUCAAUGGAGUGGAUCCCAGUUGGGGUCUUGAUGGAAACAUGAAGCAAUCUUACGAGUCCAACUACAUCCUUUGUAAAUCCGGAACAGCGCAGAGCACACUAGUGGCUGCUGCGGACAACAAGUUCCACAUGUUUCCGGACCCACUUUCGGAUAGUUCAAUGGGGUGUGUUGCAUUCAAGACGACAGCUAAAAUGAACCAAUCUUUUGGCUUGUCAUCUAGAGCCGAUCCUGUGCAAGACCCUACCUUGGACUGGUUGUGGGUUGAUUUGGGUACAAAUUCGGGAGGAGAAACGUGGUUCAUUUCAAACGGUAAAUUUCUGAAUGUCAUUCACCACAGAGACACCAGCUCACCCAACUACAAACCAUCAUUUCUGGAUGGGACACCAAGGGACUUUUGGGUAUGCUCUCUGGCGGAAUCAGGUGGACUCUUGUUUGAGAUGGGAACGGGCCGAGAUCCCUCCAACAAAGCCUCGAGGUUUAUUCAUGUGCCUCUUCCUGACACAACACCAGACGUACGACGUUUCUUUGGUUUCAAGUCCGACGGAACCGAAGAGUUGUACAGUGACAUUGAGGUCAUUGAUUUGAAUGCAGCACCAGCACUGGCACCCAAUAAUGCAGCACGAUACCUCCUUGGUGAAAUAAGUUCCAACACCACAGCACCAACAAGCUUCCCCGCAGAAUCUCCUUUUUCUCUCAAUUCUACAAAUGCAACAAGUAACCCCUCCACUGUUCCAUCCAGUGCCCCAACUGUCACUCCGCCUUCUCUUUGGAGACCGAUUCCUCCUCCUGGGUACACAUGCCUGGGACAUGUUUGGACCAUUGAUGACACUGAGCCUUCCACUGAUCUUGUCCGAUGUAUUCAGACUAUGUAUGUAGAGGCAGUGAAGGAUCCAAAGUAUCAGUGGGACAGCCAAUCGAAUUUUGACUUUGAUGAGCUGACUCUAUGGGAGGCCACACAAACAAAAACAACCAUCUCUCCGGGCACAUUCAUUUCGAGGGCUUGCGAGGCUUGUGAUGCACCUUUGGAAGAGUUUUACGCACUGAAGAAGGAGUGCAUUGUUGGUCAUGGGUCCGUACCGUUCUGUGCCCAACCUGGUACUCCUUGGAAAGUGGAGGUCGUAAAUCAAACCAAGAUUGAUGUUCCAUUUGCCAAGCUCAAACCAUGUGGCUUCCAACAAGAAGACAAAAGAAUUUACGGCCGGCAAGACAACCCCGAUAAAGAGUGGGAAAACUAUGCAGUUGAAUUGUACAACAAGUCUGGAUUCGUUGGUUGGAAGCACCUUGGGGCAUCAGCAAGACUUGGCAAGCCAUAUUGUUUGGGCUCUGCUGCUUUUGGCAAUUCCUCUUUGAAGAAUGACUUGUUUAUGACAGAUAUCCCAGCUGAAGGCCGAAUCAUUGAGGAAAGUGUCAAGAACAUCACAAAAGGAAUAAAUGGCAAUUUCUUGUCAACCAAGAUUGAUGGCAAUUUUGUCUUUCUAUUCCCGUGUUCUGAAAUAAAUCCGGUGGGAGAAAUGAAGAAGGAGCUCUCUGAUAAGGCUGCUGAAGCAAGCAUGGAUGGAAGUGUCGAAAGUGGCCUUGUCAACAUCGACGAGCAUAUGGGAGAAGCAGCGAGGCUCUGUAACCCUGCGGACUUGAAGUGUAAAUCAAGGUCACCAUGGAGAGAACCACACAUUUGUGGUGAGAAAGAGGAGCCAACGGCAUCUGGACAGUGCCGUGCUGUUGACAAUUGCUUCUAUCAACAGUGCAAAGGGUACAAUGAAGCCGUGUGCACAAAAGAUGAUGACUGCAUUGGGGAUUCAAAGUGCCAUCAAGAAGGAGAUAAAAAAGUUUGUGGAGGGCAACUCAAAAUGACAAUCAAGGAGAGUUCUAGGGCCCUGCGACGAGCUGUUCCAUAUGGAAUUGGCCAAGAUGGUGUUGGGAAGUAUAUUGUUCUUGAUCAAGGCAGCAGUAUACUCUUGGUUGGUAAUAUCUGGAAAGCUUUUUCACUGGGCAGCGAAUAUACCAUUACCGAGGGCACCGUAUUGGAAUUUGACUUUGAACAUAGGAAUGAGGCCGAGGGACAUGCGAUCUGUGUCGAUGAAGAUACCAAUGAAGACGUUGAAAUUGAAGGUCAACAUCGUUGUUUUAUGCUGGCAGGAACGGAGGGAGAUCCAUCAUGGUUUGAAACAUGGAAGAUUCCAAGGGAGGGUGACAAGAGAGACAGUUGGAAAGCACCUGCUUCAAAGUUUCACUACAAGAUUAAGCUUGGGUCUGUCUCUGAGGGGCCAUCCAAAGGAAAAUCAUACCUUCCGCACAACACCAACAUGAAAUACAUUGCCUUGGUUCAGGACAAUGAUGCUGAUCCUGAGGUAGGAAUGAGCCGAUUCAGUAACAUCAAGUUGUACGAUGAAGCUGUGUCGGCCGAAGCCAGAGGGAUUGCUACAAGCAUCUGCAGUCGAAGGCAAGCGAUUAAUGAUUUCUAUAAGGACAACAUUGAUGCCCCCACCGACUUUGGGGCCGCAACACAGACAAUAAUGCGGUACAAUGAUGGCAAUCAGCCAUAUGCGCGUUCAUCUUUGUGCCCACACUUUGACGCUUAUGCCCCAACUGAGCUCAACUACAAAAUCCAGGCUUACAACAUUGAAUCGACAGAUUUCCUCGAUGUACAGACAAAAUCUGCUACUGAAGAUGUGAUCUAUUGGAGAUAUAAUGGGGGAUUCCGCGUUUUGAGAGUCUCUGACAGAGAACUUCCUCCAGGGUACUUCAGGCUUGGUGAUGGCAUUAAUACUGAUUUUGCAAGAUCUAAAGCAAUGGUUGUGGCAAAGGGUGGUGGUGAUUCCCUUGCAGCUCCCAUUUUCUACAAACCCUUUGUUGAAUGUUGGCAUGGCAUCUUUUGGUGUCUGGUGUGGAUUCCAAUCUGCCCAAAUGGCUAUGUUGCACUCGGUAAUGUUUGGUCUGGUUGGCCAAAUUUUGCUUCUCCGAGCAUCGAUUAUAUGAGAUGCGUGAAAAAGAGUUUAGUCUUUUUGUGGCCUUGGUGGUUUGGGCCCCAAUGGGAUGGAGGUGGUUUGAAAUAUAGCGAGCUGACAUUCAACUAUGAUGCCCAUUCUAUAAAUACUGGGACCCAUAACUACGGUUGGGGAGGGUUUAUUUACACACUGUUCAAACCGUGCACACAAUAUGGCGUCUGGCCGUAUUGCAGUGUCAAGAUCUCCAUGUGGUCAGACGAUGAGAAGGACUUUGUCGUUCCUUAG